CCGUACUGGCUCUAAAUGAACUUCGUUCAGAGCUGCACGUCUGAUCUGGCACGUCAGUCACGCUGUGGAUACAGUUCUAGAUUCACGUCGAGAAAAAUGAUACAAUUACGCGCUAUUUACCGGAAAGCGUUACGUCACGCAGAGAACUUUCUGUCUGUGAAAAACCGACUUACGCCCAGGGCAUCAAUCUUCACCGGACCACAGCAGCAGCACGGAACCUUCUAUGAGUUCCGCACAUAUAACAUCCAGCCACAUCUCAACGCUGCCUUCCUCAAACUGACCAAUGAGAAGAUCCAACUGCGUACAGCCCACUCAGAGCUCAUUGGAUACUGGAGUGUGGAAUAUGGGGGUCUCAAUCAGGUUUUCCACAUCUGGAAGUAUGACAGCUAUGCCCAGCGUGCAUCUGUGCGGGCUGCCCUGGCUCAGGACCCCAGCUGGAUUGAUCAGUACAUCUCUAAAGCAAUGCCCAUGCUGAGCUCUCAGGAUAAUGAGGUGACGUACCUCGUACCCUGGAGCAAACUUCAGAAGCCACCCAAAGAUGGAGGAGUUUUCGAGCUGGCCACCUUCCAGAUGAAGCCGGGCGGUCCGGCGGUGUGGGGUAAGGCGUUUCAGGCAGCAGUGGGCACCCACAUGGGAUCAGGAUAUGCCCACUCAGUUGGGGUUUUUCACUCUGAAUUUGGACAGCUCAAUCAAGUGCAUGUUUUAUGGUGGUAUGAGAGUGCAGACCAGCGGGCAGCAAUACGCCAUAAAUCUCACGGAGAUGCCAGAGUGGUGGCGGCAGUAAGGGAGAGUUCAGCGUUCCUUGUGUCACAGAAGAGCAAACUCAUGUUCCCCUGUUCUUUCUCACCAAUCAAAUAACAUGGCUUCAUGGUUUGGCUUGAACAAAAUCAGGGAAAUGUUGAGUGAGAUUUCAGUUAUGCAGUAAAUGAAUUAAGUGGACUGAUCAACUGAUUUAAUUGUAGCAAGUUCCUUGAAGAUAUUGCAUGUUUUUAUUUUGCAUGUAAUGAUUGUGGGUCAAAAUAAUGCUUUGCAUCACAUUAAGACUAAAAAAAACUUAGAGAUAUUAAUCAUUAGUGUUAUGCAAAACAUGUCAUUUCUUUUCUACAAUUAAUACUUCCAUGGCAAUAAAACCAUGAAAAAAAAUUGAGCAAUGUUAUAUUGCGUGGAUUUUGCAUAGAUUCGAUAUAGUAAUAACAUUUAUGCUGCUGCUUUUUGUUAAAUUUGAAACAGAUUGACACUGAAAAUAAUUCAUACAUUGAAUUCCUCAAUAUGACAUCACAGAUCAAACAAAUAUUAGGGUUGUAGAUUGUCAUGUUUUAUUGUGUAAAUACAGUAAGUGUACAAGGCGAGUAACAGACAUUCCACAGCCAUAAAAUUGAAAUGUAAACAGGUAUUAAAAGAGGAGCAUCACUGUGGUACUAAGACUUUUUGUUCUUUUUAGGAUUUUUUUUUUUUGUUCUAUUUUUUUUUUUUUUGAUCGAAUCCAAACCAAUACUAAACAGUAAAUGGAAAAAUAGCAAAAACAUUGUCUGUGGAAAAUCCAGUGCAAAGAGAUUAACACAUUGAAAUUAAAUUAAUAUAUAUAUAUAUAUAUUUUUUUUAAUUAACAUAGCAAGUAAAGUGCUUGGAUGAAAGGUGGACAUCACUGUCACCUACCCCAAUGAGAUCCAAAAUACUGAUUAACAAUCCAAACUGAAUGUAUGGAUUGAUCACCCUUACUGUACUGAACGGCUAUGUAAAUACAGCUGGAAAUUCUCUUUGUGGAUUUCUUUAUUUUCUGUAUUUAAUCCAGUGAAGGACACCCCGAAUGCCCUUUUACUAAAGAAGGCACAUGACCGGUAUGUUUAAAUUGAUUUCCUUCUAAGUUGUUCAUAUGACUCCGAGGUAUUUGUUACACAGUGUAACUGUAAAGCUUACUUGUAUAAACUUUAAUUUAUUAAAAAAAAAAUACAAAAUCAA